AUGGCCUGGGCGGGAAACCAGACGCUCACCCCCCACUUCGUGCUCCUGGGGCUCUCCGCGCACGCGCCAAGGCCCCUGCUCGCCUUCGCCGCGCUCGCGCUCGCGCUCCUGGCGGCGCUCUCGGGCAACGCGCUCCUCCUGCUGCUCAUCGGCGCGGACGCGCGGCUGCGCAGCCCCAGGUACUUCUUCCUCGGCGGGCUGUCGCUCGCCGACCUCGCGCUCGUCUGCACGGUCGCGCCGCGCACGGCCGCAGACCUCCUCCGCGGCGGGGGCGCCAUCUCCUUCGCGGGCUGCGGGCUCCAGAUCCUCUUCUUCCUCACGCUGCUGGGGGACGAGCGCUUCCUGCUGGCCUGCAUGGCCUAGGACCGCUACGUGGCCGUCUGCGACCCGCUGAGGUACGCGGCCGUCAUGAGCCGCCGCGUCUGCCGGCUCCUCGGCCUGGCGGAUGGGCUGGUGCAGGCGGUCUUCGCCCUGCGCUGCCCCUACUGCGGCUCGCAGGAGAUCGACCACUUCUUCUGCGAGGUCCCCGCCGUGCUCAAGCUGGCCUGCGCGCACACGUCGCUCUACGAGACCAUGACCUACGUGUGCUGCGUGCUCAUGCUGCUGCUGCCCUUCGCCGUCAUCUCCGCCUCCUCCCUGCGCACCCUGGCGGCCGUGCUGCGCAUGCACUCUGCCCGCGGCAGGCAGAAGGCCUUCGCCACCUGCUCCUCGCACAUGACGGUGGUCGCGCUCUUCUACGGGUCUGCCAUGGUCACUUACACGCGGCCGCAGGCCUACCACUCUGCCAGGCAGGACAAGGUGGUCUCGGCCUUCUACACCAUGGUCACCCCUGUGCUCAACCCUCUCAUCUACAGUCUGAGGAACAAACAAGUGGCUGGGGCUCUGAGGAAGCUCCUGGGUCAGGGCACGGAGCUCUGGAACUGCACCUCCCCGCCGGACUUCGUCCUUUCUGGCCUGUUCAGCCGCUCUCCACGUGACUUCUUCCUCUUUUCCCUGAUCCUUCUGGCCUCCGUGGCCGCGGUGGCCAGCAACACCCUCCUCCUGCUGCUCCCCUGGGCUGACAGGCGCCUGCACACGCCUGUGUACUUCUUCCUUAGCCAGCUGUCCAUCCUGGACCUGGCCGUGGUGUGUACCGUGCUGCCCAAGGCGGCCGCCACCUUUCUCCCGGGCAGUGAGCUCAUCUCCCGGGGAGGCUGCGCGGCCCAGAUAUUCCCGGUGGUCACGGCGGCGUCCGCCACCCGCUGCGGUACCCCGCGCUCACGAGCGGAGGCCUGCGCUCUGUUGGCCGCCGCGUCCUGGGCGGGUGGGGCAGCGGACAGCGUGGUGGGCGUGGGCGUGGUCUUCAGCUCCCCGUUCUGCGGCUCUCUGGGGGUGGACCACUUCUGCCAGGAUGCCUUCCACCGAGGGGAAGCAAAGGCUCUGACGACUUGCUCCUCGCACCUGGCCGUGGUGGGCCUCUACUACGGGGGAGCCAUGUUUAGCCACAUGCAGCGGGCCGCGACCAGGACACCAGCUGGAGACCGGGCCACCUCCGUCUUCUACACCAUCCUCACGCCGAUGCUCAACCCACUCAUCUACAGCCUGAGGAACAGGGAGGUCACGAGGGCACUGAGGAAGGUGUUGGGGAGACCUGGGGUGUAG